GGGGUGUGGGAGGGCCAGAGAAGCACCUGCCUGAAAUGCUUCUGGUCUGGCAGUUGAGCCUGAAGGUUUAAAGGGCAAGGAGCUGGUGGGUGAACAAUGAGGAGAACGAGCUGGGACCACACCUACUGAGCUAUAACCAUCAUGGACAUUUUGGUACAAAACAUACACGACAUCAUUCCUUAGUGCGCCCAGCUCCGGAGCUGUUGGAAAGCACCAUGCGGAGGGCCCUACUGUUUGCAGCCAUUCUGGCCAUCAGCCUGGCUUACAGUCUGGGGGCUGUCUGUGAGGACUCACAGGAGCAGGUGGUGCCUGCUGGGGGGCACAACAAGAAGGACUUGGACCUCUACCACUUGCCUUCGUCCUUGCUCCGGAAACUCUAUGACAGCCGCUCUGUCUCUCUGGAUGGAUUGCUCAAAAUGCUUAGCAAGGCUAGCGUGGACCCUAAGGAAUCGUCACUUCCCCAGAAACGUGACAUGCAUGACUUCUUUGUGGGACUUAUGGGCAAGAGGAACAUCCAGCUAGACACUUCUACUGAUGUAAACCAAGAGAAUGUUCCCAGCUUUGGCACCCUCAAGUAUCGCCCCAGUGUGGAAUGAGCACUCCACUUCUGGACCCCUGGGCUGCAACAUGAAGACAUCUGUCACCUCCUUGAAACCCCCACCUGCACGUGCUCCGAUUUCCCUUUCUUUUCUCCAGCCUUGUAACACCCCUGCACUUGGACUCCUUCCCCAUCCCUCUACUCCACAGUGAUGUAGAAACCACAGACUGAGCACCCUCAGUCCCUGUGGGCAUUGACUAUAGAUUCCCCUGGGGUUUCUGGAGUGUCCUCCAUCAAAAAUAUGACGUCUCUCUCUACUCCCCAACAAUAAAGGAUUUUCAAAUAU